AUGCCAGGCCCGUCGGCAGUUGUUGCUCACACUCUGGGGCCGGUAUCCCCGGGGGAUAGCGCAGACGGUCGGAAAGCCAAGCGGGAGUUAUCCCAAUCGAAACGGGCUGCGCAAAACCGGGCUGCCCAGAGGGCCUUUCGCCAACGAAAAGAAGGAUACAUAAAAAAGCUCGAACAGCAGGUUCGGGAGUACGGCGAGAUGGAGUCCACUUUCAAGUCCAUCCAAGCCGAGAACUACACGCUACGAGACUACGUCCUCCGUCUCCAGUCUCGGUUACUGGACGCCCAAGGCGAGUAUCCCCAGCCGCCUCCCGGCAUCAGCCUCGCGCACCCCAACGCCCAGACCCAACCACCACAACACGGCGGUCAAGAGGUGUCUCAGACCGCCAGCGCCGCUGCCCCCGGCGCGAACCAGGUCGAGGUAGCGGCGCAAGCCGUCGCUGGCCUCACGCGGGGCGAGCAUCUCGGCGGCCGGGACCCGUAUGCCCCCGUCCGGACCGACGAUGAUAGGACGGCCGAGGAGAUCACCCGCCAGCUACAAGCAGAUGGCGGGCCGGACGGCUUGCCUGCGGCCCCGAUGUAG